AUGCCGAAAGUACAGCCUACUCCGAACCCCCACGUUGGCAUUAAAUACCACAGCAUCAGGAAAGGGAGUGAUCCGGGAUGCUAUCAGCUUCACAGACCUUCGGACUGUCGUUUGAAAUUCCCAUUAACUAAACGGCCGAUACACAAAUGCGAACUUCCGAACUGGGAGUACACCAUGGUACCGCAGAUUGGGGGCUGGAGAACCCUGCUGGUGCCAAGACCGGGAACAAAUUACUACCCAGCUGUGAUGCAUAAGAGCGAUUAUGAGCGGCUUGUCAAACAGGCUAAGAUCGUGUCCCAAGAAGAACAGCUCCAAGCCAUGCACGCUCAAGAGACCGCCAUACAGAAGGCGGCCAAAGAGUCUGAAGCUCGCAAGCAACAGCUGAAAGCUAGCCUGAUGCCGCAACCAGGUGCCGAGGCUGCUGGCGGGACGGCUGACCCUGAGUUGGAGGGUCCUGACCAGGCAGCCUACACUUUAUCUCGAGCUGAAAUGCUCAAAGCGGAUCAGAUGCAAGGUCCUCGCCUCUGCAACCGAAUCAUACUGGCAUCCAAGUGCCACGCCAUUCGUGAUGCGCAAAUUUGCGAAAAGGAACUGAUUAAGAAAGAGCUGGAUGAAGAGGAACGGCGCUUGGACGCAAUAAUGGAAGAAAAUAGAAUAGCAGCAGUUCAGAGGGCAGAGAACGAGGAGGAGAGACGUCACCAGCUACGUUUGCAGAAUCUCUCCGCGUUGAAGGAGCAGAUCAAAUCGCACGAGACGACUAAGAUAAUGGAAGCUGAACGUAUUGAAGAGGAGAGCAUCAGAGUGAACCAAGCCAACAUAGCGAUGCAGAUAGAUGAAGCUCAAAAACUUAAAGAGAAACAUGGCCGACAAGCGAAACUGAAGGAGAUCCUGGACCAGGGCAAUGCAGAGCUUCUGUAUUACAAGCAGCUACAAAACGAAGAGGAACGCAUCAUGGACCUCAGAAUCGCCAACUUUAUCAAGCAGAAGCACGAGAGGGAGGCCAAGAAUAAAGCUGAAGCAGAUGCCGUCAAAGCAGCGAAGCAGAAAGGCAUAGACCAUAUUGCUAAGGCUCAAAAGGCCGAACAAGAGCUUAAAGAAGAGUUGGAGAGGAUCCGCAACUUGAAGAUACAGGAGGACGUGGAGAGAGAGUACCGUCGCAAGGAGAGAGAGGCGGCCAUCAAGAGGAAUAGAGAAAUGAAGCAGUUACACGAAGCGAGAGUUCAACAGAUAACAGACAUCCAUCGCCUAAUCGCUCGUGAAAUAGCGAAAGACGAGCAGAGUUUCAACAACGCCGCUCGGCAAAACGAAGAGUUUAUUGCAAAGGAGAAGGCGCUGGAUGACAAACGCAAGGCGCGCAUUGAGAAACACCGUCAAGAAAUCAUGAAACAGAUCAAUGAUAAGGAACGCGCCAGGGCUGAACUCCGCGAGAAGAUCCACAACGAAGGUGUAGCUCUUCGAAUGGAGCUGGAACAACAAGACAAGUACGAGAGGAAGGUCAUCAAACAGAAGGUGGCGGCGAUGAGGCAGCAAAAGGUCGCAGAAAAAUACGUGAAAGAAGUCGAACAAACCCUAGGAAAGCACGGAUACUAAGCUUUUUAGAGCUUUAGGCUGUUUAUAUUAAAGUUUAUUUUGUAUAUUUCUUAUAUGUAACUCAAUUUUAAGAUUAUGUAAGUACGAAAAAUUUUUGGUACAUGGUCACUCAUGACGCUAUGAAUAUGAGCAUCUUUGAGAAUGAGAACUGGCUAAAGUUUUGUAGCAAUUCAGUCCAUAUCUAUUAUCGUCUUGUCCGUUUCCUUAAAAAUAUACAUAUUUUCAGUACAAAAUAGGCAAAGUUGUGAAAAAAAAAUGCGAUCGAAUUGUGGGACAAAAUGUAAAUUGAAUGAAUUGAAAAUAGGACAAGAAUAGAAUGGGACGAGUUGCUACUACUCUUGUUGACUGCGCGGUGACAAAAAACACGACGAAAUUACCUUAUUGGGGCAGGGUGUAAAUUAUGUAGCUUUUUAAAGGAAAAUAAAUUUCUCUGCAUCCCUCGAGCAUUUCGUGAAUUAGGUGUUUCCAGCAGUAAAUUUUUGGUUCUUGAUAUAAUCUCUCAAAACUCACAAGUUUGCAAUGUCGAAGUAGGCCAAAUUUACUUUCAGGUUUAUUUUAUUAUAUUCACAUAUAUUCACAUUCCGGGGGGCGUAUCGGGAUGAUGUAAUUUGCGAAAUGCAUUCAUAUUCCUUAUUUUGUAAAAUGAAUGAUAUUAGUUUGAUAUUAUUUCUUGAUA